AUGGCGCAACCGCGACCGCAGGAGAAAACUCCCGGCGUGGACACGAAAGAGUUCUACGGGUAUUUGUUUGAUGCGGAAAAGAGUCCGACACCAGUACUAAAUGCGCUGUUGAGAGGAAUCGCAAUAUAUAUUAUAGAGAAUGUGGGAAGUAAGGAAGAUAAAUUCUUGACUCCAGAGAAAUUGGCGCUUUUCUAUAAAGCUGUUGGUGGAAAUUAUGAUUCUCUUUUUGUGGAGACUACACAUCCCUCGAUAUCGUGGAUCUAUGCCUCGAUAGGUUGUCAACAUGCUUUAAACCCUACGAAAGAUGAUUUCGCGCCCCCUUCAAUACCAUGUCUAACGGUACGAGGAUUUGUGCGAUGGCAAUCAAUAGAGAUACUGUUGGGGCCGGAGGAACAUGUGCCAUUCAUCCAAUCCGCAGUGCGAGAUUUUGAUAUCAAAAAUCCAGAUACAGGAGAGAGAUUUCCGACAGAACUACCGAAAGAAGCUUUCCCAUUGGUACCGGAUGCAGAUAUAGAAAAAUGGCAUAUAAGUUGUGCGGAGAAAUUACGUCGGAGAGCAACACCAGAUGAAGAAGAGGAAGCUCCCAUUCCCGACCUCCCGCCUAGACCUAAAGCGCAAGAAGAAUACGUUCAUGUUAGACCUUCGCCCAGAGUCCCCGAUCCCACACCAAGCAACGGUGCUCACCCCCGCAGCGGAUAUUUCGAACCUUCGACCCGUGAACCUUCGACUCGUGAACCUUCGACCCGCGAACCUUCGACCCGCGAACCUUCGACCCGUGAGCCUUCGACCCGUGAACCUUCAACCCGCGAACCUUCCACUCGUGAAUCUGCCACCCGUGAACCUGCCACCCAUCGACCCAGUCGACCUAUACCUUAUACACACGUCUCAGCAUCUCGUCCUCAACGACCGACUCUCAAUCGAUCACCCACUCAUCGAGACCGUGAAUUUCUCGCUCCAGAAGAAACAUAUUCACCCCGCAAACCACGCGGACGUCAUCGUAGUUUCCCUAAUUUAAGUUCGCCCACAUCAGAAGAUGCGCCCACUUUUCACACCCAUCCAGCACGCCCAUUUGACCCCUACCAUCGACAUCACAAUGACGCAGUUCCAGAUCCUCCGCAUCCCGUUUAUCCUCGUCGACAUAGUCAUCCCCGACAAGCCCGGCAUGUACCAAUCGUCUCGGAAACCUCCGAUUCAUCGAGUGACACUAGCGCGACCUCUGAUUCUGAAGAUGACCCGUCCCCGAAAACUCGUACUAGUCCGUUGAAAACGUCUACGAAUGCACGGCCGGUACCGAGACGUCCCCAGAGUACUUAUAUACCACGAAUGGCCGGGCCAGAUAGUCCUCGGGUCUUUGCAUUCCCGUCUACAGCGCCAGGUAGUACGAUGCCAUCUCCGGUUUCUGAUGCAAGGGAAAGAGAGAGGGAGAGGGAUAGACAGAGGGAUAUUGAGGAUAAAUUUCGACGGGGUCAGUAUCCGGCCAAUAUUGAUUUGAAUGGGAAAUUGAGCGCGCCGUUCUUAGCUGGGAGGAGAAAAACGGAGGUGGGCAGGGAACCGGAUGAUGUGGGGAGAGAGGGUGAUAGGGAGAGGGAGAGGGAGAGGGAGAAGGUGAGGAGUGAUAGUAGGGGGGGCCAGGGGCUUAAGUGGAGGGAUUUGGGAGGCAUUGCGGAGAUGUGGAGGAAUGGGGGGACGAGGGGGGAUGGAGUUAGCAAUCAUACUCAUCAUGUGAGUGGAGGGGGUGGAGGUAGUGGCGGGGAGAGUGGUGAGCGGAGGGGGAGUAGAGGACAUAGUAUUCGAGAAAAUAGGGGAGAUAGGGAGAGGGAUAGGGAGAGGGAUAGAGAUCGUGAUAGGGAGAGGGAGAGGGAAAGAGAUAGAGAGAGGGAUGAUAGGGAUGACAGAGAUAGAGGAGAUAGAGAAAGAGAUUAUAAGAGGAGGGAACGACUGAAUUCACAGACGAGACAUAGUAGCCAUGAGGAAAUCCCAACCAGGAGGAUGAGAACUGAGAGGGAUAGAGAAAGAGAUGAUGAAUACGAAGGGAGGAGUUUUAGGGAUAGGGAUAGGGAUAGAGUGAGGAGGGAUAGGGUCGUAAGUCCUGUUAGGGGAGUGGAUGGGAGGAAAUAUCCGGAUUGGAGAUAA